AGACUCCACCUGCAAACCUCUUCCUACUCUCAUACUGGCAAAAACAAACCUCUGAACACAGUGAGAGUUCGACAAAAGGAUGAUGAACAGACAGAAAUGACCACCAACUGAAGACUGAAAUAUAAGACAAAGGAGAAAACACAAUAUCAUCAUGUCCGGGAUCGAAGACAGAGGUUCAGCUGAGAGUGGCGAGGAACUGAGGAUUGUUCUUCUGGGAAAAACUGGAGUUGGUAAAAGUUCAACAGGAAACACAAUCUUAGGAAGAGAUGCAUUUAAAGCAGGAAUAUCUGAAGAAUCUGUCACUAAAGAGACUCAAAGAGAAUCAUCUAAAAUCAAUGACAGACGCAUCACUGUGAUCGACACUCCAGGACUGUUUGAUACUGAACUCACUAAUGAGGAGAUCCAGAGAGAAAUCAGCAACUGCAUCUCCAUGAUUCUGCCUGGACCACAUGUGUUCAUCAUCGUGCUCAAUUUAGGACAGAGAUUCACUGAAGAGGAAGAAACAUCAGUGAAGUUCAUCCAAAAGACAUUUGGUGAACACUCUCUAAUGUUCACUGUGGUGCUCUUCACCAGAGGAGACUUCCUGAAGGACAAAACCCUUGAUGAGUGUUUGGGAAAACCUGGAUCUGUGGUCAGAAAACUGAUUGAAACUUGUGGAAACAGAUACCAUGUGUUCAACAAUAAUAAACCUGAAGACCGAACACAAGUGUCUGAUCUACUGGAGAUGAUAGACAACAUGGUAAAGGCAAACGGAGGAAGUUUCUACUCAUGUAAGAUGUUCAGAGAGAUGGAGAGAGAAAAACAAGAACAGCAGAUGAAGAUCCUGGUGGACAGAGUCAGAGAAACAGAAGAAAAGAUGAAGAAACUAGAAGAUAAGAAAGAGGAAAAACUGAAUCAGGAGGAAGAGAUAAAGAGAAGAGAAGAACUGAAAAGACUAGAAAAAGAAAAGCAGGUUUCAGAUGAACAGAUUCAGAAACUCAAGAGUGAAAUGGAGGGAAUAAUCAAAGAGAAUAAAAAAGAAAGAAAAUGAAGAGAAGCUAUUCAUGAGAUUGAAGAAACAGAUCUUCAAAAGAGAUCUGAAGGAGACAAGUGGAACAGUAGAAAAUCCAUGUCAGAAUUCGAGUAAGACAGAUGAAUAUACACUGCUCAAAAAAAUAAAGAGAACGCUAAAAUAACACAUCCUAGAUCUGAAUGAAUAAAUAUAUUCUUAUUAAAUACUUUGUUCGUUACAUAGUUGAAUGUGCUGACAACAAAAUCACACAAAAAUAAUCAAUGGAAAUCAAAUUUACUAACUGAUGGAGGUCUGGAUGUGGAGUCACACUCAACAUUGAAGUGGAAAAACACACUACAGGCUGAUCCAACUUUGAUGUAAUGUUUUAAAACUAGUCAAAUGAGGCUCAUUAGUGUGUGUGGCCUUCACAUGCCUGUAUGACCUCCAUACAAUGUCAGUGCAUAGCAUCAGUGCCUUUGUCUUGCAGGAACUGCUGACACACUCCAACCACAUGAGGUUUAGCAAUGUCCUGCAUUAGGAGGAACCCUGGGCCAACUACAAUGGCAAAUGGUCUCACAAGGAGUCUGAGGAUCUCAUCUCGGUACCUAAUAGCAGUCAGGCUACCUCUGGCGAACCCAUGGAGAGCUGUGUGGCCUUCCAAAAAAUGCCACCCCAAAACGGGUCAUGUUGCAUGCAACAGAACGUUCUCCACAGUGUCUCCAGACUCUGUCAAGUCUGUCACAUGUGCUAAGUGUGAACCUGCUUUUAUCUGUGAAGAGCACAGGGUGCCAGUGGCGAAUUUGCCGGUCUUGGUGUUCUCUGGCAAAUGCCGAACGUCCUGCACGGUGUUGGGCUAUAAGUACUACCCACAACUGUGGACGUCGGGCCCUCAUACCACCCUCAUGGUGUCUGUUUCUUACUGUUUGAGCAGACACAUGCUGGGCUCUGGCAUUGCUUCUCAUGUUCCCCCUUGCACAAAGGCAAAGGUUACGGUCCUGCUGCUGGGUUGUUGCCCUGCUACGGCCUCCUGCACAUCUCCUGAUGUAUUGGUCUGUCUCCUGGUAGUGCCUCCAUGCUCUGUACAUGACGCUGACAGACACAACAAACCUUCUUGCCAUAGCUCGCAUUGAUGUGCCAUCCAAAAUGAGCUGCACUACCUGAGCCACUUGUGUGGGUUGUACGUCUUACGCUACCACUAGGGUGAAAGCACAACAAGCAUUCAAAAGUGACUUAAACAUCAGCUAGAAAGCAUAGGAACUGAGAAGUGGUCUGUGGUCACCACCUGCAGAACCACUUAACCUAUUGAGGAGUCUUGCUAAUUGCCUAUAAUUUCUACCUGUUGUCUAUUCCACUGGCACAGCAGCAUGUGAAAUUGAUUGUCAAUCAGUGUUGCUUCCUAAGUGGGCAGAUUGAUUUCGCAGAAGUGUGAUUGACUUGGAGUUACACUGUGUUGUUUAAUUGUUCCCUCUAUUUUUGAGCAGUGUACAAUGAGUCAGUGAAAUCAUCAUUUGAAACCAAAAUCAAGGAACUUCAAGAAAACAUUGUGAUAAAAACAGACAAAAUUAAAUACGAUUCUUCAGCAGCGAGAACUGAAGAAAAUUAUUGAUUUUAAAAAGCCACAACAUAAAAACACUCUUUACAAAAAGAGCAAAGGACUUGCCUUAAAACAGUGGUCACCAAACUUGUUCCUGGAGGGCCGGUGUCCUGCAGAUUUUCGCUCCAACCCUAAUCAAACACACCUGAACAAGCUAAUUAAGGUCUUACUAGGUAUACUUGAAACAUCCAGGCAGGUGUGUUGAGGCAAGUUGGAGCUAAACCCUGCAGGGACACCGGCCCUCCAGGACCUAGAUUGGUGACCCCUGCCUUAAAAGAAAAAUAUUAAAAACAAUGAAGGAAGAGUUUGAUUUGUUUUGGAAGCAAAGUAUAAAGGAGAUCAUCACAGACGCUCCUUUCAUCAUAGACAUAAUGAAAGAUGUGAGAAAGAUCCUCAGUGAUGCUUAUGACACUGUUUCUGUAGAUCACUGGAGGGAGAGCAGGGAUAUUUUCACUGUACAGGGUUAUCAAGACUAUGUAAGUUUGACUAAAUCUAGAAUUAAUAGCUCUAUAUCAAUUUACUUAAGCUUUAAAAGCAUGUUUAGAAUUAUUCUUACUGAAGAAGAUACAGCCCAGAUCAGAUCAUUAGUCUCAGAUGUUGUUGAGCAAACAAACAAAAUGAUUGAGUCAUUUAACAUUUCAAAGAUGGGCUACAACAUCAGCUUAAUACACCAACUCACUGGUUACAUCAAAAGAGAAAUAGAAUAUAAGGAAGGACCAGUAAAACAUGUUCUUCAUCGAUCUAGUUCUCUCAAUCUGUAAAAGAGCAAACAAAACCAUCACUGACCUACACAAACUGUUCAGAGAAGCCAAUGAUCCUGUAAUACACAGAAGACAGAAGUGUACUAAAGUAUUUUCCAGAAAUACUGCCAUGGAGCAACUGCUGUUUUUGGCCAAUUGUCACUAUGGCCAAUUUUGUUUAUAGAAUUCACCUAUACCUUGUGUGUUUGGACUGUGGAACCCAUGUGAACACGGGGAGAACAUGCAGACUUCACACGGAAAAUCCUCUUGGUCCAGCCGGGACUCAAACCAAUGACCUUCUUGCUGUGAGGCAACAGUGCUAACCAUUUUAUUCUCAUAAUAUUUCAACUUUUUUUCAUCAUUUUGACUUUAUUCUCAUCAUUUUGACUUUUUAGAAAUAUUAUCUUUUUAAUCUGAUAAUACGCUUUAAUCUCAUAAUAUUUUCAUACAUGGCACUAAUAUGCCAUCAUACUUUUAGACUUAUAUUACAAAUAUUAAUGUCAUGCUUAUUUUUUUGACUGAACUGAAUAAAACUGGAACUGA